AUGCUGAUGCUAACGGCCCGAGCAGGAAAUUAUCUGACUCCCGACGAUGUACUUUUCGCUCCGCCUGAAGAACUGGCUCGGAGGUGCCGAAUUUCACCCUUGGAGGCCAAGAGAAUCGUCCAGAUUCUGUUUCAAGAGGAUCUGUGUGGAAUCCAAUCCUUAAAGGAGCUUGUGCAUGAAGGCGAGGAGAAGUUUACGACGGGAGAUGAGCACCUCGACGGUGCCCUAGGCGGUGGGAUACGGACAGGAAUGCUAUGGGAGGUUGUUGGUGAAAGGUUCGUCGUCUUCGAUCCCUCAUCCAGGACGCAAGUCUUAUUUUUUCUCAGUGCGGCUGGAAAAACCCAACUGGCCUUGCAACUUUCCCUGCUGGUGCAGAUACCGUCGAGGCUUGGAGGCCUUCUGGGCUCAACUUGCUAUCUGACGACGUCCUCGGUGCUUCCAACGGCGCGUUUGCUCGACAUCUUGGAUGCCCAUCCGUUACUCUCUCCUUCGCUGUGUGGACUCCACGAUGUUCACACAAUGUCGUGCCCUACGAUACCCGUGUUAAUCCAUGUCCUAUCCAUCACACUCCCCCAGUUUGUAGAUUCAAAGCUCGCAGAUUCUGCAACGAAGCCUGUGAAACUCCUGGUCAUCGACGCCCUUGGUGAAUUGUUCCAUACCACAGACAAAACUACCACAAAGACGCUGGUCCAGAGGUCCAGGGACAUCGCUCAAGUGUCCUCUCUACUUCAUAUUCUUUCCAGCAAAUAUAACAUUGCAGUUGUUGUUCUCAACGAGGUGGUAGACGCGUUUGAUCCAGAGCCAGUGGAGGCAAACGACGACAACAUUUUGUACAGUGAUCAAUCUCGCUGGUUCAGCUGCGCUGACAGUAUACACGGGGAAGAUAGGAAAGAAGCUAGUUUGGGUCUGGUUUGGGCAAACCAAGUCAACGCUCGUAUCCAGCUCUCUCGCACAAGUCGACGCAGGUAUCCACAGGAUUCUUUCGCGGAAAAGCGCCUAAAACUUGAUGACUGGAGUGCGACAGGUGCCUCAACGCUAACUCACUCCGAAACCGAUCAAGCGACCCUCAUCCGACGACUGAGCAUUAUUUUCAGUUCCGUAUCUUCACCAGCGUCCUUGGAUUAUAUAGUUGGCCCCGCCGGUAUAUCGAUCUUGCCGGAUGAUGACCGUACGCCUACUGUUGCUCUUCAAGUCUCGCAACGUUCACUGUCUACCGCCGGACCCUCAGUACUGCCAUUGAGCACUCAAAUUUCGCCCUUAGAUGUCGGAUGCAUCGAAAACGGGAAUAUAUCUGAAUCCGUAACCAAUAUCGAUUGUGACAUAGAAGGAGAACCUGCUUUUGAGUGGAAGCCCACCAACGAUGACCUGCUAAAUUCUGUUGUCGGACUUGAUGCAUCGUCCGAUCCAUAG